ACGUACCCUUCGAAAAGAAGCUUAUAUUUUAAUUUAAUUGCAUUGGAUUCUUAAUCGUCAAACAUCUCCACGAUUACUGUAAUGGUAAAGUGCAUACAAACACCCAAAAGUAUUACAGCUUUUGCAACACAAAACUUGUGGAAAACUUGACACCAACCAUACAUUCCAUUUUCAUUUGCAAUGGGCAAUGAAGAAGCUGCUGAUUUUUUACUCCCCUGUGCCAUCUGCACCAAAAAUUGCUAUAUAAUUCACGGCAAACAGAAAGAUGAAGAGAGAGAGAGUUUUGGUCGGUCUUCCUACUUCUUCAAAGUUAUGCUAGGAGACUUUGCACAAGAAAUGCGUCUUCCUCCUGCAUUUGUUCCAAAGCUUAGAAAUGAGACUGAGACAGGGAGCAUUGUGGUUCUGCAAGGCCCAACCAGCCAGCACUGGGUUGUUAAGUUAUGUAGUAUUGGUACCGAAAUGGAGUUUGGACAGGGUUGGGAGCAAUUUGUCCAUCACAAUGCAAUAGAAUUGGGGGAUUUUCUAGUGUUUAAGUAUAUCUCCACAUCCUACUUCAAAGUUCGUAUAUUCGGAAGAAGUGGUUGUGAGAAAAACGUCAGUGUCUUCGAUGCUGAGAAGAAAAACUGUGAUUUAGUGAAGAGAUGCCCUGAUCCUCUUCCUGCUGGUGUUAGUCUCAACAGUGUUGAAUCCAUGGACAGUAAGCCACCAGUCUAUUUGGUGUCUGACGAGGAAGAGAAGAAUGAUAAAAGAGAGGCAGUGGCUGAAAAUCAAUGGAAAAAACUAAAACCCUCUCCUCCUUUUUGUCCAAAAUGUCCAAAACCCUCUCCUCCUUUUUGUCCAAAAUGUCCAAUACCCUCUCCUCCUUUUUUUCCAAGUUAUCCUCUGGAGAAUCGUGGAUGUUGGCAGCCAUCAGUUGCUGGAAAGAAGCACCAAGCGAUGAAAGCUGCAGAGAAUGGGACCGAAGAAAAGAGUUUUCACAGAACACACUAUAUUUCUUGCAGGCGUCCUGUGACCGAAGCAGAAAGGAACCAGGCCCUUGAGGCUGCUCAGUCUUUCACACUGAAUACACCGUUUUGUUUCAUAACGAUGAAACCAAGUCAUGUAUACCACACAUUUUGGGUUAGUAUGCCAUUAAAAUUUCGUUAUCUCCAAUUACCAAGAGAAAGAAUGGAAGUAAUUCUUGUGGGUCCUAACAACAAGGAAUGGCAUGUACAAUACCUGGGGAACCGUACUACCCCAGUCCUGAGAGGAGGGUGGAAAUAUUUUUCACGUGAUAAUAAUCUAGAGGAAGGUGAUGUCUGUGUCUUUGAGCUGGAAAACAAUAGCAAAAACAAAAUUCGAGUCCAUAUUUUCAGGGUUGUCAAUACAUGUACUCCUUACAAGAAGACGAUGGAAGGCGAACUGGUGAAUCAUAGCAUUUCAUUGCCUACGUUCCACUCUAGUAAGAAACUACAAGUCAAUGAAAUCACAUGGGAAGAUCCUGCGCACAAUUUAUCAGAAAAACCAUUUGGACCAGAACAGGGAACAGAUGCAAGGCCAGGAAUAAACGAAGUGCAAGGGAGCAAGAGGGCUAGCAGUGGAAGCAAUUAUCUUGACAUUUUAGAUAAGAAAGCAGCUUGCAAGGAUAAUACAUCUUUUUCUGAAAAAUGUUAUUUGCCAGAGUUUCAACAGACAAAGUUAUUGCACCCUGCAUCAUCUGCAGAUGAACAAAAAUCAAUUGGCAGGAAUACAGCGGUGCUAGCAAACGAAAUCUCUCAUCUAGAUGGCGUGAAGGACAAAGAAGACUUAAUGAUUACUGUGGAAGGCAAUGAUGCAUCUCAUGGAAUGCCUGCCAUCACUCAUGCAUUGAUUCCAUCUCAAGAGCACAUUCUUGAAGGACCUUUGAUGAACGAGUUAGUUCCAUUAGUGAGUCCAUCCCCUGAGGUAGUGAGUUUGGUGGUUGCAUUGUCACCAGAAGCAGCCACAGCUCUAGCUGAUAUGAAUGGAGAAGCAACUUGAGAAGCAGGAUCAAGCAUUCGCAAUAAGAUUGUGAAACUAGAACCUUAAAUUAUACAACCACAGGAUCCUGUUGAUGAUCUUUUGACAAAUCCAACUGGUAAAUUGGAUAGCAGAAUUACUAGAGAAGCUGACAAACUCCUUAAAUUGAUACAAGUAUAAAAAUCAAUAUUUGCAUCAAAUUCAGAAUGUAACAGUGACAUCUGAAUCAACUGAACUUGCUGAUAUGAAUGGUGAAGCAAUUUGAGAAACAGGUUCAAGCAUGAUCAACAAGAUCGUGAGUCUAGAACCUCAAAUGAUACUAGCACAGGAGCCUGUUGACGAUCUUUUGACAAAUCCAGCUGGUAGGUUGGAUAGCAAAUUACUAGAGAAGCUGACACUCUUUAAAUUGACAGAAGCAUAGAAUCAAUCUUUGCAUCAAAUUCAGAAUGGAGUGGUGACAUCUGAAUCAACUGAGCUUACCUGAAGGAAGUACAUGGUAUCAUUUUAGUCGAAGCACAUAACCACAUAUUCCACAGUUCAUGAAUACAAAAAACUGGAUGGUAAAUGCUUUUCAAAAUUUAAACCGAGUUAACUGGUUAUCUACUUUAAACAAAUUGAGAAGCAAAGUUCACGGUUGUUCAUUUAUAACAAAAAUUGGUUCUCUGUGACAUUGUAUCCUUAAACAACUUCUUCAUUAGUUAUAUAACAUGAUUCUACCCAGCGCUUGGAGGAUGUCUAGAAUAGCAGGACUUAUUUCUGCAAUCUUGUUUUCUCCUUACUAAUGGAAUGUUAUGCAGCAUUACCUAUUUAAUAAAAAAUCACAUAACCUUACUUA